AUGCGAGCCACUGAGAACAGCAGGCGCCCACACAGAGGCCCGACUUCAGUGACUGAUGGGAAAUCCGGGUACAAAGGAAUAAAUGGCCAGAUCUCUCAGAUUCCAGGACUGUCCCCAGGCAUCAGUGCUCUUCCUGAGGAUAGGGCCCGAGGGCGGAGGGCUGGAGUCCGAGAGAGCGAUUCUGACUAUGUCAAGCUUGCGAAACAAGGAGGACAUAAGGGACUUUUGUGGCAUGAGGAUGUAACUCCUAAACCUGAUGCAUACAAACCUCCAGGCUGGUUCUGUGGUGCAUCAGGAGAUGAUGGCAAACCAAGUCUAAUUAACAGUGAAGAGAAGAAAAACCCUCGAGCUUUUCAACUGCCAGAGCCCCCCUUUGGGACUGACAAUAUGUCAGCCUGGGAGAGGGAUGAUAGCAGCAGCAACAGCAAAGAGAAGAACAACAAUGUUCAAGACGACCAGAUGGUGAAACUGCAGUCAUUCAAUCAAUAUCACGAGACCAGUAAAUUCAAGAGGAUAGUUUUUGACAAGAAUCCAGCUCCUGUCAACAUGUCGAAGCUGUUGAGCUUUGGUUAUGCAGAUGACAACAAACCAACAGCUAACACUGAUUUGUCAAAUUAGCAGACUGCCAGUGUCGUGGGAAAAGGACAUAAAAACUCAAAUGCUUCCAUAAGGAAUAGUUGCCAUCCUCUCCUCCCUUUAUUAAUGAACCACAACAAAUGUUUAACUUACUUUCAAUGGUUCUUUCAAGUCAGAUGUAUCACUCAAGUAUGAAAGCUCUCCAGUGAAUUUAAGAUGGGACUUUUUAUUUAUUUAAUGUACCUGUUAGCCGUGCCUUAUUAACUGCAUUCAUAGAAGGCACCCACAACUCUUGUUUUCAAGUUUUUUGCUGUGUCUGUACCUCUGUAAAGAGCCGCUUUAUGUAACAAAUGUUUGAAUGUUUAA